CCGGUAACCAAGGCAAUGACGCUAUUCCCCGUUACCAAGGCAUUCUCAAGGCAAACACUAGCUGGGCCAGAUAAUCUUUUAGCUAUGAUAUAACCCCCGUUUAGCCUCUUCUCCAAAUUGAACCAUAAUCACAAAGUUUACUAACACCAUCGACUCCCGCAUAUUGCCGCCAGCUUCCUGUUUGUUCUCCGCGGGACCUAAAUCAGAGGCUGAGGCAGCCCUUUUCCCUCCUUUGGAUCAUCUCAGACCACAAGCUAGCUUAGCAACGUGAACGUUAGCUGCACAGCCGCCAUGGCUGAAUUUGGGUUUAACGAACACCACCAGAAGGAAGUCGUCAACUACAUGCGAUUUGCACGUUCAAAGAUGGUCCUGAGACUUAAGACCAUUGACUCAUGCUUUGAAGAACUCAAAGACAGCAGGCUGGUGGAGGAAACCUUCACCGUGGACGAGGUGAAGGAGAUGCUGGACGGGCUGCAGGCGGUGGUGCGUGGGGAGGUGGAGACGGAGCUCAUCAACACGGCUCACACCAACGUGCUGCUGCUGAGGCAGCUCUUCUCACAGGCCGAGAAGUUUUACCUCCGACUGCAGAGCGACAUAUCGGAGCUGGAGAACAGGGAGCUGCUAGAACAAGUUGCUGAAUUUGAGAAGACUGACUUUAAAAGCGCUAACCAGAAAAACCAGGAAACGAGCAAACCCAAACUAGCACCGCUGAACGAAGGCGGGGUGUCUGAGCUCCUUAACAAGGAAAUUGCGAGACUACAGGAGGAAAAUGAUAAACUGAAAACCCGAAUGCGGACUUUAGAAUCACAGGCAAUGAGUGCACUGGACGAGAGAAGCAAAGCGGAGAGAGCCCUGAAAGACCUUCAGAAGCUGCAGGGGGACCAGCAGCUGGCUGCCCAAUCCCAGGAGAUCAGCAGCCUCGAGGACACAGUGGCGGCUCUGAAGGGUGAAUAUGAAAGGGCUCUUAGCGCCAACUCGGCCUCCCAGAAGGGUCUGCAGGACAACCUGGUCUCCGCCAAACAUGAUCUUCUGCGGGUGCAGGAGCAGCUGUCCUUGGCAGAGAAGGAGCUGGACAAGAAGUUCCAGCAAACGGCGGCCUACCGCAACAUGAAGGAGAUCCUGACUAAAAAAAACGAGCAGAUCAAAGAUAUUAGAAAACGAUUGCAGAGAUACGAGCCCAGUGAAUGAGUCCUGCAGCGCGUGUCCCGGAGGGGUCGGACGGGAACGACGCGCCGUCCGCAAGACAAGAGGGAAAGAAAAAGAAAAGAAAAAAGCGCUUCUGCGAAGGAAUUGUUUCAUCUCGCUUUUUCCAGGCAUCUUUCUCAGUGCAUAUUGGCUUUAGCAAAGAGGGUGAGCAGAGUGAGCUCACUGAUGAGGUAGUGACAAAGGACGGCCUUGUUUUUGUUUUUCCGUCCUGCUUCCCGGUGGUGGAGCUGACUGACCGUAGCGAGCGAGACGUCCCUUCGGGUGCUCUCUAUGCAAUGACCAUCACGUCCACUCCCCGUUUUAAAGAGGCCUUGUCCACUUCCUGAGCCGGGCCGGACACGCGGUGCCUGCCACGAAGGGUUGUUACAGGUGGUGUUUAGCCUUCUAGCACCUGAUAGGCCUUCAGCAGCCCCUGUGUAGUGCAAACAUUGGUGAGUUAGAGUUAGAGAGCCGGGCAAACCCCAAGCCAGCGUGUUUUAGCAAUGGUGAACAGCUUCAAAUCUAUUUUUGCUUUGAUUUGUUUACUGAAAUCUGUAUUGCAUUUCGCACACAAAAUAUUUCCGAUUUGACAUUCUGUGAAAGUCUGAUCAUCCAAUUUCUCCCAUUUGUAUUUUCUGCUCUUGCUAUUUGAAAGACGGCGCUAGUGAUCUGGAAUGAUUUCCAUACUUUCCCACACAAAGGGCAUAGAAUAUUUUUGUCUGGAAUCUUUAACUGUGUACUUUUCGUAUUGCUGUGGACAAUGUUGUACACGAUGUUCAUGAUAUAAUACUCUUGUAGAGUAUGAGACAUCUACUUUAUAUUACACUAGCUGUGCUUUGUAUUGUGCGGAAUAUGAGGUAAUAAACGCUGUUAACAAAUAAACGUGUAGUCACUUAGUGAGUUAAGUACUUGUUGAAGAUUGACUUACUUAUUUCCUUGUAUUCUCUGGCUUUGAAAACCUCUAACCGUAAAUACACCUGGGUGAGGACUGAAAACAUGGCCGGGUUGUACCUCUUCUCUGACCCAAUGCAUGCUGGGAUUGACUUUAGUGUAUUGUGACACUGGCAAUAAACAAUAAAAUGUUUGAAGGAGA